UGAAUAUAAUCCUUUGAAAUCGAAAGUAGGAAAGUUUGAGGAAAUAGAGACGUGUCCAAUGACGGACCUUUUACUUUAUUAAACAAUACGCGCAACCGUUCGCUCAAAUGUCGAAAUCGUCUGUAAUGAAAAUAAAACGCGUGAACGCAGUAAAGGUGGAGAACUUCCACCAGUCUCUGUAUCAACAGGCAGAUAAUCUGUUUUCCAACUACAUCCCAUUGAAGAUCUCUCAGCUGGACAACCUGCUGAAGGAGGAUGAUCUCAACCUCCCAGACCUGUCCACUCUCCAAGCCCCUCUAAACAUCCCCAUACCAGACCCUCCCACUGCGGAGGAUGAGGAAAUGGAGACGGACAAGAAUGAUGACGAGAAGAAGAAGAAGAAGAAAGCUCCAAGCUGUGGCCUUAUCAAAGGGAAUGAGAAGAUUGUGAAGCUGCUGGACAGAGUGAAACCAGAGAUCCUAUCACUGAGAGAGACCAUCAUUACAGUGUCCUGCUGGAUUCAGCAUCUCAUCCCCGAAAUAGAGGAUGGGAACGACUUUGGCGUUGCAAUCCAGGAGAAAAUCUUGGAGAGAAUCGCUGCAGUGAAGACAAAGGUGGACGGCUUCCACACCAACAUUAACAAGUACUUUUCAGAGAGGGGUGAUGCAGUGGCUAAAGCCUCCAAGUCAACUCAUGUGAUGGACUACCGCUCACUGGUCCAUGAGAAGGAUGAGGCUGUCUACUCUGACAUCAGAGUCAUCCUCCUGGACAUCCGUGGCUUCUAUGUGGAACUGUAUGACAUCAUCAGCAAGAACCUGGAAAAAGUGACCAAUCCGAAAGGAGAAGAGAAGCCCUCAAUGUACUGAGAUGCAUGAGGAGGAGGAGGAAGUAGCCUGGUUCCAGAUUUCGUUGUACUCUAUCCUGAUCCUAUUGCUGUCCUUGUCAAGCAACAUGACAAGGAUUUGGCAUGUUAGCACAAACAGGCUGGCGCCCAGGUGAGGGGAAUGAGAGAAUAGUGGGGUUGAAUUCAUUUCAACCAUGUGAUAUUUUCCAGGUGUAUACCAAUCAACACUCAAUCAGUGCUGUUUCUAUUUGUACAUCAGUGUCCAGAUUAGCCUGUUGGUUUUUUUUUUCAUGCUAAUAAACUCAUCUUAAUAUUAAACACUGAA